AAUCUUGUUAACACGAUCUUUGCCACCAGAACCACAAAAGAAACUUGAAAACACACCGGGAAUUGAGCUUAUUCAUUGGAAAGAAGGUCCCAUUCCUCGUCAACGAUUUUUGGAAUUAGUACCAGGCGUCGAUGGAAUUCUUUGCAUGAUAACUGAUAAAAUCGAUUCAGAAUUGUUAGAAGCUGCUGGACCAAACUUGAAGGUUGUUUCGACAUUUUCAGUUGGUUAUGACCAUGUUGAUACAAAUGAACUUCGCAAACGAAAGAUAACUCUUGGGUACACUCCUGAUGUUCUUACUGAUGCUACGGCAGAAAUCACGGUGUUAUUGGUAUUGGCGGUAGCGCGUAGAAUGCGUGAGGGCAUUGAAGCAGUCGAAAACGGGGAAUGGUCUACUUGGAGUCCAACUUGGAUGCUAGGUACGCAAUUAACCAACAAAACUAUUGGUAUUGUUGGUCUUGGACGCAUUGGAACUGCAGCUGCCCUUCGGCUGAAACCUUUUUUGGGUACAAAUGGAAAGAUAAUUUACACUGGCAUUAGUGAUAAGCCAAAACCUGCAAUUCUUGGUGCGAAUAAAGUAUCAUUUGACGAAUUGUUAGAAGAGUCGGAUGUUAUUUGUAUAUGUUGUGCUUUAAAUGAGAAGACGAAAGAAAUGUUUAAUUAUAAUGCUUUCAAAAGAAUGAAGAAAAAUGUGAUACUUGUGAAUACUGCGCGUGGUCAAAUUAUCCAUCAGGAUGAUCUUAUGCGUGCUUUAUCAGAAAAUCUAAUAGGUGCAGUUGGACUAGAUGUAACUACGCCUGAACCUUUGGACCCAAAUCAUCCAUUGUUGAAAUUUCACAAUGUUACUGUGAUUCCGCAUGUAGGCAGUGCGACUUUGGAAGCACGAAAUAUGAUGGGAAAUCUUGCAGUAGAAAAUGUCUUGUCUGGUAUAAGGGGACUAUCAUUGCCAAAUGCGGUACAACUAUAG